AUGCUGGGCAUCACUGUCCUCGCCACGCUCCUGGCCUCCGCCUCCAGCUGCGGAGUCCCCAGCUUCCAGCCCGAUGUGUCAGCCAGGGUGGUCGGUGGAGACGACGCCGUUCCCCACAGCUGGCCCUGGCAGAUCUCCCUCCAGUACCUCAGGGACACCGAGUGGAGGCACACAUGCGGCGGCUCCUUGAUCACCAACCAGCACGUUCUUACCGCCGCCCACUGCAUCAACAAAUCCUUCACCUACCGUGUGGCCCUGGGCAAGAGCGACCUGACGGUGGAAGACGAGCCGGGCUCAGUGAUCGUGGGUGUGGACACCAUCUACGUCCAUGAGAAGUGGAGCACCCUCCUGACGCGCAACGACAUUGCCCUCAUCAAGCUGGCGGAGCCCGUGGAGCUGAGUGAGACCAUCCAGGUGGGCUGCCUGCCCGAUGAGGGCUCCCUGCUGCCUCAGGACUACCCCUGCUAUGUCACCGGCUGGGGCCGCCUGUGGACCAACGGCCCCAUUGCUGACGUGCUGCAGCAGGGCCUGCAGCCUAUCGUGGACCAUGCCACGUGCUCCCGCUGGGACUGGUGGGGCUUCCAGGUGACAAACAACAUGGUGUGUGCCGGCGGGGACGGUGUCAUCUCCGCCUGCAACGGCGACUCGGGCGGCCCACUGAACUGCCAGGCGGAGGACGGGGCCUGGGAGGUCCGAGGCAUCGUCAGCUUCGGCUCCUCGCUGGGCUGCAACACCGCCAAGAAGCCGGUGGUCUUCACCCGUGUGUCCGCCUACAUCGAUUGGAUCAACGAGAAACUGCAGCUGUGAUUCGUCCUGGAGCCCUGACCGCCAACCCCUGCAACAAUAAACCUCCUUCCCUCCA